AUGUCGCGUACCCUAGGAGCUCUGCGCCGACAGACACGAGUUCCGGAGGGUGCAGAUGCAUUACUAAAUCGCUGCCUUAAGGUUGAUUGUCGUGAACAGGAAACGUGGGUUACUAAUUGUGCAUAUAAUUUAUAUCUUGUCAACGUGUUACGUGUAGUGUACACCAGAAGUUGCAAAAUGUCGAAAGUACCUAACCAAAGUGAUAGUUCAGAUGAUGAUUCAUCCAAGAAGGAAUUUCAUAUCGGAAAAGAAAAACAGUACGAUAGGGACAGUACUAAAAAAGCGAAAGAAACUUCCAAUACUGGAAACAAACAUAAGGACGAGCCAACAGCGUCCACAUCUCGCCAACAAGAUCCCACCACAAGGCUUACAAAUCCUUACCAAGACAUAUUAGAUUCCGGUGAGGACCCUAAGAAAAUGGAACUGAAGAUAUUGGAACGCUACCACAAGGACCUACAAAGAAAAGAACACAUGCUGCAAAAACAAAGAGAGUUGGAUGCUAGCAAUUCUUCCAAGAGGGGCUUAGAUGGUGGUAAAAUCGGUGCUUCACGUGAACCCGCUGAAUCGGGAAGCGAGUUAAAAAAGAACAAGAAGAAUGAUUUGCCGAAAUCUCAGCAGAAGCCAGAGACUCCCCCAGAGGUGCGCCGGCACAGGGCGGUCGCCCGCUGGCGAUGUGCCAUCAAAAAAGUAAUCCACGCCACAAGGAAUGCAAAAGAAGAAUGA